CUUCUUUGGAGCUCUACGUGGGCUGUGACGGUGGUUUUCACAAAUUCACAUUCAGCUGCAGCUACCCUGGCGUGUCGACAACGCAAGAAGGCACGCUUACUGGAGAUGGCGCUCCGGAAAUACUUGGAGAACGAGCUGAGCCCUGCACUGACUUGCUUUUUAGCAUUCCAGAUGAUUGCACACGAACGCAAGAUGCUUCGAGGACUUGCACAAAACAAAAGGAUUGGGUCCGCGACAUUGUGCGACUCGGCGAUACCAGUGCGUAUCUGGUUGCGACAAACUACGGGCGACUUUUUUGUGUGAACAGAUCACCUACCGUGUGUAGCAGAUCACUAUCGACCGGGGCCGAGACAAGAGAAGACAAUCCGUCCGAUGCGUACGAAAUGUUGAACCUUCCGCACUUAGCGUCGUCGUUGAACAAGCAACCGGAGGAUAGAAGUGCCAGCACCGACGGCGGGAAAGUGCAACAAUUUGACCCGUCCGCUGGAACUGCGAGAGACGGUACUGAGGUACAGCAUCCGGAGGAAGGACCUCGACCAAGGAUGCAGUGCACCAAAAUUUGUGACAUGCGGAUACCAGCAGCGUCGUGCGGCAACGACGGUGAUCAGUUUGUCGUCUUUGCCGGCACUGCCUGCGGUCGAAUUUGUAGUUUCAAUUCACCAGCAGGUGUAGAAAUGAACAUCGAAAAGCGGCCCUUCUCUGAAGUCGAUUCUGCUCGCACAAUGCAAGUCGCAGCGUGCCCUUUCCCGCAGAAGGGACGCGUAGUCAAUCUCUGGCCAUUCAGCCGCCCGCUCGCAGCGACUGGCUGUGACGAGACAGGCGGUGAAAUCAAACACUUUCUCGUUGCUGCCGCCGCCAGUGCUAUUGCAGUGUACGAAAUAAGGGUUGGAGACGGAGAGCCAAGUGUCAGCAAUCCAGGCGGCGACCCUUCCACUUUGUCGCUUUUGUGGCAGCAGCCACAAUUGAAAGUGCAGGCCUGUUGUCUUGUCGAGUGUGUGAACGUCGAAAGUCAAGGCAAACCUGCCUUAGUCUUUGUUUUCGGCGAUGACCAGGGACGUAUGCGGUUCUUCGAAUAUUCAACGGGUGCCCAGCUUUUCGAGCAAGGAAAUGCGCACGCGGGCAAGAUUUUAUCGUUACACAGAGACAAAAGCCGCGCAGGCUCGUUCUACUCCCUUGGCGCGGACUCGACGGUGGCACAGUGGCGCGUGAGCUGUCGCAACGAAUUUAUCGUGUCAGACUCAUCUACAACUGCGUCAAGCAGCAGUGCUGAUGGGAAAAGAAACCCGGUUUUCUCUUUGGAAAAGGUGUUUUGGUAUAAAUCCUCGCAGAUUUCGCAUCUUUACUUCCAUGAUGCCGCCGGUGGAUCAUGUGUAGAAGGUGAGCAAGAACAAAAAGAACCCCUUCUGGCGGGCUUCACAGCGGGGGAUUUUGUCAUGGUGAGCGGCUACCAGGGCGACGAGCUGGUCAAGGUGAACUGUGGCGGCGCGCGACGGGCCUUCUGCAUCUCGAGCGAGGAAUUCGUUUACACUCAACAGGAUGCUGUGUAUGUCAAAAAGAUCCCAAAAGUCAACACCUUCUCGCAGAAGCUGCUCAACGCCGGUGUCGGGAAGGAAGUUUUGGCGCUGGCUUGUCCGCGAAGAAGCAUGAUCGCAAGAUCAUCGUCAGCGACGUCACAGAACAGCAACCCUAGUGAGGAAGAUGUUUUAUUUUCCGGAGGGGAAGAGAACGUGCUUGCAGUACACACGUUUCGGGAAAGCGGUGAGAGUGAUUAUGGGGCAGAGCAGCGAGAAGAACAUGUUUUUCACAGCGAGCAGAACAGCGUGAAGCCGAUGUCUUUUUCGUCAUGCGACACGGAAAUUUUUCACCGACAGGCCUCCGCUGUGAAAUGCAUGUGUUGCGCAGAACAACAACAAACAGAAAGUUCUUCGAACGGUGGUCGUCGUUCUUUUCUCGUGACCGGUAGCGCGCACGGCGAACUGAAAGUUUUCGACGCAACGGCAGCUCCGUACACCCUGAAGUUUCACAAGGUUCUCGCACAGGACCGCCUGCUGGCCAUCGACGCCAGAGUGGACGGAGAAAACCUGCUGCGCUUCGCAACCACCACCUCCAGUGGUGUGGUCCUGUUCGGGACACUGUUUCUCACUGGAACGACCGCCCGCCUCGGUCGCCUUUCUCGGCUCGAAAUUCCGGGAACUGGGGUAGGAAUGGCAGUUGCGUUGCUAAGGCAACCAACGAUGCGAAAGAACAUGGAUGAAGAUGGGGGGAUCGUCAAGAUGCACCAGACUGCUCGUCGUGUUGAGCCCCAAGUAGAACUACAUGAGGCAGGACAGCCAGCGGCGAGCUUCGCGGUCGGCUGUACCGACGGCGGUGUAUACCUUUUCGAUGGGAGAAUGAAUAAAUGGGACCGCGACUCGUUCAAGUUCCUGCCCGGUUCGGUAAAUGCGGUAUGUGCGGUCACAAUUAUGAAAGCAGAAGCACCGGAAAAUUCUACAGAAAAUCAAACGCCACUGAUCGCGGCUGCCUGCGACGAUGGGAUGUGCUACAUCCUGCGCCCUUUCUUCGAGAAACAGGAUGGCGACGUGUUUGCGCAUGCCACCAAUAAAGCUGCAUGGCCAGAACAGCCGGCGGUCGAAAUCGCAAACACAAGGGGCCAUAUUUCCGCGUGCGCCUUGAAGUGUGUCGCUUAUGAUGAACCACGACAACUGUUGGUCACCGCGGGAUGGGAUCGCGUAGUCCGGGUGUAUUGCUGCAGGGAGAUGCUCCAAUCUUACAGGUGCUCAUCAUCUUCCGCAACGGUCGGGAAAGCGCACAACAGAUCGUCUUCGGUGAAGCCGCUAACCCUUGUGGCCUCGUCCCGCACGUCUGUGACGGAAAUUCAGGCGCUGUGUAUUCUAGAAUCAAGAAGAGACGAUGCUGGCACGACAAGUGUCGUGGUCGCCGGGCGGGGUAUGGAGAAGCUGAAAAUCAUCGUAGAAAUAGUGCCGAAUAGCUGCGACGCGACUGAGAAACAAGCAAAAACUACGCAGAGGGUAGCAGACGCUACAGCGUGUGGUGCUGCUGGUGGCGCUUGAUCAUUUCUUGAAGGCGUGCGCUGGGUGCGUAAACUGUGUGGUAUGAUUGCUCGUGCGACAUUGUGAUUGUACUGUUAAGUACUUAUCCAUCAAAACGAUAAAGCGAGGACGACAGGCUGACUCGCCCUUUCUGAAAAAGGAAUCCGAACGACAUUUACAGCAAGCGACAAUCACAUAAUGAAGUGCGAAC